AUGUACAAACUGCAGGCAGAAGAAGUCGCGAGUAAGCCUGCUGAAAACCGUUUCAUUGCUCAAAAGUCAAUCCCAAUGACCAUUAUCCUUAGUGUGACGGAGAACAGCCCUCUUGUUCCGGUUGCUCCCAGGCUCAAGUUGCUUGCGAAUAUCGGUGCAUUCCCGAGCAGGAGAGAACACGAAGCCAAAUUCGAGGUCGAUCCUUUGCAAGGGACAGAAAGCGUGUUGCAGGUGCAAGACACGGUUUCGGUACCUCAGCCUCGGACUUCUGGCGAAGCCGCUGGUGUUUUGGGGCGCACACCAGGAACAAAGCCUCUCUCACUGAGCGAUGAACCAAAUCUAGAGUUAUCAGACGAGGAGGCUAGAGUUGACACACUUGCAACCGGCACGUUCAGUGAUGAAAUUGAGACAGAUAUUGGGCAUUUUGGACCAAGUUCCAACCAUGAGUACUUUCGCACUUUGUCGGGAAUCUUUGCACAUUUAGCCCGUGAUGGACUCUCAACACAGCCUAACACCCUCAAUACUUGGUCAGUUCCUCGAAACCUAACAGCAAGCGUUGCGGAUCGGCGCUUCCACUGCUCGGGUGCCCUAGACUAUAUGGCGCUUCCGGACGACCAUACAGCCAUGGCGCUUUUUAACCAAUUCUUCACAACAAUAGCAUUGACAAUGCCAUAUUUCAGUAAACCCACACUCAUACACGAGUACACAAGGUUGAAAGGAGGGCGAUGUCAAGACUUCGACAGGGUCCAUAGAGCCUUGUUCAACAUGAUCUGGGCUCAUGGUUCAAGCUCAGUCGACUCGGAUGAUUCUGAAGUAUACUACCGCAGGGCAAUUGGGCUUCUGGACAGUCUUACGAUCCGCAGGACCAGUCAAGAGAUGGUACAAGUCUGUCUACUUGUAACCGCAUUCCAGCAAAAUAAUCGGCGUUCCGUUACGAGUUGGACCUUCCAUGCUCUGAGCGUGAAGGCAGCGUUUCAGCUUGGUCUUCAAUCUCAAAGCUCAUACCAAAGUUUGAACUCUGAGAGUCAACAAUUGAGAAAAAGACUCUGGUUUGGUGUCCUGAAUCAGGACAGACUUCUCUCGGCUGCAUUGGGGCGGCCCUGUCUCAUACCCAAACAGCAUGCAAGAAUCGAGCCAGACGACCCGAAACCGACCACAAUCUACCUAGAUGCUGUGAGUCCUGAUCGUAUCGAGUCUUGGACUUACUUUCGGCAGGUCAUAUCAAUUUCUUCCAUCAUUUCUGAUGUAAUAGAGGUGUUGUAUGAUCACAAUAUUGAGGCAACUUAUUCAAACAUAGACAACAUAGUUAUUCGAAGGCUGGAACUGCAUCUGGAUCUCGAAAGAUGGCGAGUCGUCCUCCCAGUCCUCCAGAAUGACUUUACGGCAGCGAAAGAACUCGCCAGUAUUGUUCAGGCUGUUCAGACCUUCGGGGGAAGCUUUUUACCUCGUUACGGAGCUUGGUUUCUUGCAAACUACUCAGUUUUUACUGCAAGCAUACACCUCUUCGGUGUCCUUCUGGCCUGUGCAAGACGCCCAGAUUUACUAUCAACUUCCAAUAUCAGCCUUGCUGAUGUAAGGGGUUUUCUCAAUGAUGCUCUUGGCACAUUGCAGAUCGUGGGGCAGGAUAGCCUCAUGAGCCAAAGAGGCAGCAGUUGCUUCUUCAAGUUUCUUGAGCUAUUCGACUCCUUACUGUCUUCAGUUAGGCCUGAGGCUGUCUGUGAAGAGCAGAGCAUUUCGUUGUGUAAUCCCGGCCUUCUCAAUCCCCAACCGCCUCCAGAAUUUACCUCGGGCUCCAUGUCAAGUUAUAUUGUUCAGGCCGCGGAUGAGUUUCUCUUCCAGCACAGUGAAAGCGACUAUUUAUGGAACAACUAUGGCUUCCCGUCACAAUAA